CGAGAAAACGCCAACAUGGAACCGAGGCGAGGACGAGUUCUUCAGCUGCAUUAGUGCGAUAAAACGACCCGCGUCCCAGACGACUUUAUGUUUUAUUACACAUCGGUGAUCUCCAACCGUCUCAGUGUCGAGGAGUAUUAAAGCAAGAGGUCUGCAGUAGUAUACUCCCUCACUCACCUGCCCUUUUUUCACCCAGACUGUAAAUGGUUUCAUUAGGUGAUAAACCAGUGGCCAUUGCAAAUGACUCCCAUAUGCUGCUCACACUGCCCUGCAUGGAGGCAGGAGGCAGCGAGGGGGGCAGUGAAGGAGGCAGCUCAGCCUCCUGCUCCAGUCCUGAGACAGGUGGCACUCCCACAGGUUUGGGUGAAGAAGAAGAAGAAGAUGAAGAUGGAAUCUUGAACUUUGACUUCACAUUGGAGGAUGUUUCCCGACUUCCUGAUUUUACCUUGCACGUUUCAAGCAGCUUCUCUCCGACGCUUGAUGACAUCGAGGAGUUCUUAAUGGAAAAGAUGGAUCAGGUGGAAAAGGGCCUCGUCAUUCCAGACACAAAAACAGAGCAGGUUGUUGAUGAAGACGCGCUGUCUCCUGCAAGUCAGCAGAACAGUACAGAAGUCAAAUCUUGCGCGCAAGCACCGGCUAGUCAGGAUGCUAGUGCUGCAGCUGCUCCAGUGAUAGUUGGAGCUCCAGUGGUGCUUCAGAUUCAGCCUGUGCAGAUCAGCCACACGCUUCCUCAAAUAAACACCCCUGCCAGCGGACUUCGGGUCGCCCACCUGGUGCUGGGUGUCCAGGGUGGCCAGAAUGUUGCCUUGCUGUGCCCUCCAGUGCCCUCUGCGACUGUGCUGCCUGUUGUCGGUGAGACCGGAUGCCAAGACCAAAAGUAUGUAAAGAUCGCCCCCCUGCCCAUCGCAUUGAGGGCGGUCGGCAUAGCAGGGACCAGCUUGGUCAAAGCCAUACCUCCACGCCCGCCCCGGUCCUCCACUGAAAACUUGCGUGUGCACAAGUGUUCACAUCCAGGGUGUGAGAAGAUGUACACCAAGAGCAGCCACCUGAAGGCUCACUUCCGCAGACACACAGGCGAAAAGCCAUACAUGUGCAGUUGGCCAGACUGCGGCUGGAGAUUCUCCCGGUCGGAUGAAUUAUCCCGUCACCGCCGCUCGCACUCGGGAGUCAAGCCUUACAAAUGCACGAUGUGCGACAAGAAGUUCGCCAGAAGCGACCACCUGUCCAAACACACCAAGGUGCACAGGAGCCCACGCGCAAGCAGACUGGCCAGACCAAGCACAUGAAGCAGCACGAUCCUUCCACAAAACCUGGAAAAGCUAGAUUUUCCAUUGUAUUUUUUUUCCUUCCUUCCUGCUUGGUUUUCUCCAGAUCUCUGCUUUUCUCGGUGCUAGCGUUGGCUAACUUGAACCUCAGGGAUGUGAUUGUUCAGCCCCGAAGCAGAUUUGCGCCGCACACAUCUCACUUUCCCUUGUACGAUCUUGGUAUUUCCAAGCAAAAAUCCGAAGUGAGGAUAAGCAAGGUGCUAAACGUGUGAAUAUUCCCUAGUAAUCUGAAUCGGAAAGACUUCCUACGAGCUCCGAACCCCAAACUUGAGCAUGUCUCCAGGAUGCCUUACAUUUACAGGGGUGUCUUUCCUAAGCAUCAUGUAUACUUGCUUGUAAAGGUGGAAAAAUGUCUCCUAUAUUCUAUGUACGCUAAAACCGAGAACCGAUAAUAAUCCAGAUGUUUUUUUUUCUUAAACAUGCACUGCCGUGCCAGCUUGAAUCAGAUAAUCAGUUCUUCGUUAUACACAUAUAACGAUAUAAUAUAUCGUUAUACUAUCAUAAAACAGUAUCUAAUGUUUAGCACUUAAGGUGAGGUUUAAAAAUAUCCUGCCUCUGAAAAUCAAUGCAAGAUCCAGUGUGAUUGGUGUUUUGUAACUUGAUGUACCUUACUUUCUUCCUUUUUUUUGUUACUAAUGCCCGAUGUUACUGACUUUCCUUUCUCUCUAUCUUUUUUUUUUUUUUUUUUUGCUACUCGUCCUCUUUACGGCCCAAUCACAUACCUGAUUGAACCAAAUCAUGUUGAAGUGCAUCUGUUUUGUGCCUCGUAUCUCUUUCAAUUUGUUGAGAGAGGCUAAUGCCAAACCAGAGAUCCCGGGUGGGACUUUUGGCGUAUGACAUUCACUACAUUUAAGGAAUUAAACCGCUGACGUACUGUAAAAGCACACAUAAGCUAAGAGGGAAGAGGGAUGCAUCGAUACGAGAAUAUCGUUACCAGUUGAAUAUUGGGCUUAUUUAUUCAUACUGGGGCAAAAACAAUUACCAAGUGAGGUAAGACUAAUGGUUGUUGUCGUGUGAAUGGGCAGAUGACAGAGAUGGCUAUGUAUUUUUUACGAUAAUGCAAUGCAUUAUUCUCCUUCAGUACGAGUAACCUUACAGACAACACUAGCUAGGCGAUAAUGAAACAUGCUAGGAGAGUGAAAAUAACAGCUCUUACUCAGUAUGAUGUUCUUGACAAGCAGCCAAUGAGCGAUCUGACACGAUGAAAACAAAAAUCUACUUUAAAUACAGUUGUACUUAGGCAUUGUUUAUCUUUACCCCAAAAUCUGCCCUUCUCCAGCUAACUAUUGUAACUAGCUAAUGCACUUAAUUUAAAUCACUUAGCUAACAUUAUAAAGAACAAACCUAGUUGCCUAAACACAAUGCGCUUUUCAUGGUCGCUGUUUAAACCAGAGAAGCAUCGUACAGUAUAGAGCUGUACUUCUGUACUUGUAGUAUCAGUAUAUGUAUCUGUGAUGUUUAUAUAUUUUAAAAGAAAAAAAGGUGCAUCGAUGCAUCCCUGCCAGACAAUAAAUAAAAACUUGAGCAACGUUGAUAAGCUAUGUCUAAGAGCGGAGCUGUAUUGUAUUUCGAUUCAUCGGGAGCAGAUGAUUGUUUCAUAUUUUAUCAAUUUUAAUUAAGCUAUAGUGUUAUGAAUGUUAAUCAUAAAUCAGUGAAUCUUUUUUCUUUCCAUCUUAUAGGUUCUAUUCUCUAUCAAAGAGAGCUGAUCAGUAGCUUAUAAAGCUUCCUCACUUUUGCCUUUGCAUUUUUUUUUAACAUCUGGAUUUAUGGUUAUAUCAAACUUUUCUUUGUUCUUUAGAAGAGUCAUGAGCACAAAGGUGCCUCACUUGGUGGUGCUCAAAUGAUGAGGGUGCUUCAUGUUGUUACUUUUUCUGUUUCAAUGCUGUAUUUAAUACGCCCUUGCCAACUUGCCCAGGGUAUUUCACCUUAAGGCAGUGUAAUUGUCAGCUGUUAGUCCAGAAGUCGCUGUGUUAUGACAAAACAAUUGAUUAGAUAAAAUGCCAAACAAAUCUGAUUUAAAACCCAGAAGUGUAAAUAACAUCCAUGAUGUUAUAGAU